AUGGAGGCCGCCUCGGCCAGAGCGGCCGCGCGCGACCGCUGGAACGAGCUGGGCCUGCCCCGACCCUCCCAGCUCCAGCGCUUCAUCUCGAGCGCCUGCAGUCCAGAGAACUACGAGCCAAACCUCGCCCUCAACCUCGAGAUAUGCGACCUCAUCAACUCCAAAAAGGGCUCCUCCCCGCGCGAGGCCGCCGUCGCCAUCGUCAACUACAUCAACCACCGCAACCAGAAUGUCGCCCUCCUCGCCCUGAACCUCCUCGACAACUGCGUCAAGAACUGCGGCUACCCCUUCCACCUCCAGAUCAGCACAAAGGAGUUCCUUAAUGAGCUCGUCCGCCGCUUCCCCGAGCGGCCCCCCAUCCGCUGCACCCGCGUCCAAAACAAGAUCCUCGAGGCCAUCGAGGAGUGGCGCAGCACAAUCUGCGAGACGAGUCGCUACAAGGAGGACCUCGGCUUCAUUCGCGACAUGCAUCGCCUGCUCAGCUACAAAGGCUACAUGUUCCCAGAGGUCCGGCGCGACGACGCUGCCGUCCUCAAUCCUAGUGAUAACCUCAAAUCGGCCGAGGAGAUGGAAGAGGAGGAACGAGAACACCAGUCUGCAAAGCUCCAAGAGCUCAUCCGCCGCGGCACACCCGAAGACCUGCAGGAAGCCAACCGCCUCAUGAAGAUCAUGGCCGGCUACGACACGCGAAGCAAGACCGACUACCGCGCCAAGGCCGCCGAGGAUGUCGCCAAGAUCCAGGCCAAAGCCAGGCUCCUCGAGGAGCGGCUGGAGGCUUUCAAGCCUGGCGACACGAUGAAGGACGGAGACGUGUUUUCCGAGCUUGCGUCAGCCCUGCAGAGCGCCCAGCCUAAGAUCCAGAAGAUGUGCGAAGAGGAGUCGGAGGACCACGAGGCGGUCGCCAGGCUCUUUGAGAUCAACGACAGCAUACAUCGGACAGUGGAGAGGUGGAAGCUGCUCAAGAAGGGCGACGUCGAGGGUGCGGCCAAGAUCGCCGCUGGAGCUCCGAUACAACCUUCGAAAUCGGCCGGUAAGGCGCCUUCUGCCGCCAACGAGCUGUCCUUGAUCGAUCUCGAUGGCGAGCCGGAGAAUGCCAAUGGCGCGGCAUCAGGUGCGCAGGGGUCUGCAGGCAUCGAAAACGACCUCCUCGGAUUGUCCAUGGACGAAGGGAGCACUUUUGGCCAAGGCGGCGGCAUCUCGCUGGGCUUCGGGUCAAAUCAAAAUAUUCCGGGGCCAUCACUCCUGUCCUCGUUAUCGCAGAAUAGCACGGCUGGCGGACAGCCGUCCACUGCCACUCCACCUCCAGCAUCCUCUCCUUUCGCCGCCUUCACCUCGCCAGCCAGCACGUCCAAAGCACCGACACCCCAGCCAUCCGCUUUUGGCUCUGCAUUCGCACAGCCACCGCCACAGAAAUCGCCGACACCUGCCAACGACGUCUUCGCCGCCCUAUCUGCCGCACAAUUCUCCGCAUCCAAACCCUCUACGCCCAAGCCCCCGGCUCCCAUGCCUGCAGCUAACGACGACGACGAAUGGUCAUUCUCGUCCGCCCUCCCCCCGGAGCCAUCCCCGCCUGCGGAACUGUCUGUCGUUGUGCAAGAAGGACCGGUCAAGAUCGAGAUGAAGGCCAAGAGGCCAGAGUCGCAGCCGCAUAGCAUUGUCCUGGCCUUUGCGUUUUCCAACAGCACUAGCCUGAGCGUGGGCGACAUCCACUUCCAGCUCGCCGUCACAAAGGGCUAUCGUCUCUCCCCAUUUCCUCAGUCCGGGCGGUCUUUGGCGCCGAGCGAGGUGCGAGGCGUGCAACAGAACAUGGUUGUGUCUCAUGCGGCCAACGCGACGCAAAAGGUCGAGGGCCUGAAGCUGAGGUGGCGGAUGACGUACACUCUGGGAGGCGAGGCCAAGGCGGAGACGGGAGACAUUGCCGAGUUCUUCCUUGCGUGA